AUGGAUGUCGAUGAGUGUGCAACGCCUGGGCAAGUGGAUUGUGGAAACCAUGCAGACUGCCACAAUGAGGUUGGACGUUAUUACUGCAGCUGUUCACCAGGGUAUGAGGCUUUUCCUGGGCUAGAGGAUUUCAAGGACUUCUAUGAAAACACCUGCGAAGAGGUUGAUGAAUGUAAGAGAUUUCCCAACAUCUGUGGGCAGUCAGCUCAGUGCACCAACACCAAUGGCAGUUACCACUGUGAGUGCAAGACUGGCUAUAUCCCUUCAACUGGCAUUGGGAACUGGAUACAGAACAAGACCAUGUGUCAAGAACCCCCCACCUUUAACUGCAGCACUGAAUUUGAGGGAGCCGUAGAGUCGUGCAGGAAUCGCUCUCUGCAGGAAGCAAAUCGCAGUUUCAGUUCCCUCCUGAACUGUACCGCUCUCGGGACCAGCAAGGAUGAGGGAGAGGUGGCAUUAGCUGUGAUGCUCCUGCUGCAGAGUGCAGAACUGAUGGUGCUGGCCACAGCGCUGAGCUCUCCAGAGGCAAAGAUGCAGAGCAUAGCAACAGAGUCUAUGGCUUUUGAGACCCGGCUCAUCACAGAGAACUGCAGCCACGAGAGUGAGAUCUUUCAUCUGAGAGCUCAGGGGCAGAUGAUGGAGAUUCACUGCAGUACAGUCAGCAAGGCCACUACACAAGGUGUGGGAGCAGCUGUUUUUAUUUCUUACUCCACCCUCGACUCCAUCAUGAAUGUGGGGAACCAAAGCCCUAGUGAGAACCUGGAGAAGCUUCACCUGAACUCCAGGGUGGUGAGCAGCGUUGUUGGAGAUGGGACACACACUGGUAACCUUUCCAGACCUGUGAACUUCACCCUGUUGCAUAAACGGGCAACGGCCGAGGAUGAAAAUGCUUUCUGUGCACGCUGGAAAUUCAUUGCUGGAAAAGGCGUCUGGUCUCUGGGAGGCUGCUCUGUUCUGCACACCAACAGCACUCACACAGCCUGCAGCUGCAGCCACCUCUCUACCUUUGCCCUGCUCAUGGCUACUGCCCCUGUGGAGGAGAGUUAUGGCCUGAUUGUGCUCACCUACGUGGGGCUGAGCAUCUCCGUGCUGUGCCUCUUCUUGGCCAUCCAAACCUUCCUCCUGUGCCGCUCGCUGUGGAACGUCAGCACCGCCAUCCACCUUCAGCUCUGCCUCUGCCUCUUCCUCGCUGAUCUGCUCUUCCUCACUGCCAUCACCCACACUGGAAAUCGGACGGCAUGUGCUGUCAUCGCUGGCUUCCUCCACUACCUCUUCCUGGCUGCCUUCACCUGGAUGUUCCUGGAGGGGCUGCACCUCAUCCUCACCGUCAGGAACCUUAAGGUUGUUAACUACACCAGUGCCAGCAGGUUCAAGAAGCGAUACAUGUACCCCUUCGGCUAUGGACUCCCAGCCCUUGUGGUGGCUGUUUCUGCAGCAGCCAACCCAGGUGGCUACGGAACAGGCCGCAACUGCUGGAUCAGCCUGGAUGGAGGCUUUCAAUGGAUCUUCAUGGGACCUGUCUGUGCCAUAAUCCUGCUGAAUCUAACCUUCUUCAUCCUGACACUGUGGGUCCUGAGAAGCCACCUCUGUUCCCUCAAUGCAGAUGUGUCCACUCUGAAAAACCACAGGCUGCUGACCUUCAAGGCCAUAGCUCAGCUCUUCAUCCUGGGCUGCACGUGGAGCCUGGGUCUCUUCCAGGUGGGCCCAGUAGCCAAGGUCAUGGCCUAUGUCUUCACCAUCAUCAACAGCCUGCAGGGAGUCUUCAUUUUCCUGGUGCAUUGCAUCCUCAAUCACCAGGUAAGAAAGGAGUACAGGCAAUGGAUUAAGGAACUCCGAACAACCGCCCCAGAAUCUCAGGCAUCUGGUUUCUCCAUGUCUACUGCCUCCCCCAGCACCAAGAUGGAGUGAAGAACAUGGCAGAGAAGUGGUGACUCCUGUGUUGGAAACACUAUUUGACCCCCUUCAGGCCCUCACUAUUGUCCCUUCAGCUCUGACCCAGUUCCCAAAGCCUUUGUGUUCAGGUUCUUUUGGACUUGCUUUGUGAGAUUCUAAUGCACCUACAGGAAUUUUGCUGAUCUGUGAAUGUCUCCUACGUUGUUGUCUGCUUAAGGUGUUGUCACCCACCAGUGAGCAGAAAAAAACUGUCAAAACAUGACACCCUCUUACAGUAACAAAUACCAUUUUGUGGAUUCUUUUGAUGCAUGUUCUGAUUAGGGGGUCAACAUGUUGAGGUCUUUCUCUGCAAGCACAAGGGCAAGAAAUGUAUUUGGUUCAAACCAAAUCCUAAACUGCUUAUCCCAUCAUAGAAGACCAAGAGCGGAGGGUUGAAUACCCCACUGAAUAUCACAAGAUGUGCAGUACACCUCUCAAAGGUGUCAGUCCUGCGUCUGAUCCUUCCUGAACAACUGGUGACGGGAGAGGCCACUGCUAAGGUCCUGGAAGUCUUCGCCUGCAUUCAGUUAUGCUGGCAUCAAUCUGGAAUGAUGGACAGCUCCGAAGGUCCUUUCCUGGGUCACACCAUAGGUCCAUCUUGCCCAGUUUCCUGUGUCUCGCACUGGCAAAGAACGGAUGCUAAAAGGAAAGUGAACUGGCUCUGACCAGGGUUUUUCCCACUGUUCCUCUCUUGCUUGCAGUCUCCAGCAUUUAAGGCCUAGAAAGUUCUGAUUCAGAGGCUGUGCCCCUCACCCCCAUGCUCUGUAGCUACCGAUACCCCUUUCCACCAAGA